CUGCAUCCAAUAAAUCCUCCCAAGAACCUCAUUAUGGAAAACGAAGGGAAGGCAGGAACGGUAAGCAGUUCAAGGUGGAACCCAACGAAAGAACAAAUAACGCUUCUUGAGAAUCUUUACAAGGAAGGGAUACGAACACCAAACGCCGAUCAGAUACAGCAAAUCACCGGUAGGCUCCGUGUGCACGGCCAUAUAGAGGGUAAAAAUGUCUUUUACUGGUUCCAGAACCAUAAGGCUAGACAACGCCAAAAGCAGAAACAGGAGCGCAUUGCUUACUUCAAUCGUCUCCUCCACAAAACCUCCCGUUUCUUCCGCCCACCGCUUUGCUCAAACGUGGGUUGUGUUAGUCCGUAUUAUUUACAGCAAGUAGGUGAUCAUCACAAUCAACAUGGGCAUGGAAGUGAAUACAGACACGGUAACAAUGUGAUGAAUCCAAGUGGUGGCUACGAUAAACGCACAAUCACAGAUCAUAAGAAGCAACUUUCAGACAUGACAACGGCUGCAGCUAGAAUGGCAAUGCCAUCGAGUUCACUUAGAUUUGACAGAUUCACCCUUCGUGAUCACGGUUAUAACGGCGAGGACAUUAAUGUCAAUUCAAAUGGACGGAAGACGCUUCCACUUUUUCCUCUUCAGCCUUUGGACGUGGCUAGUGACGAUUGUGUUAGAAAUUCCAGUUGUGCCCCUGGUCAUGACUCUCCGGUGACUUGUUUCGGUGAUGGUGGCGGACGAGAGCAGCCGUUUAUUGAUUUUUUUGCUGGUUGUUCUAGUAGGUUUUGAUAAACUGCGAAUGGGUUGUAACAAAGGGUUAAAUGGGAAUAAACAUUUUCUUUUUAUCAUUUUGUCCAUUUAUUUACAAUUGUGUUGAAACG